AUGGACAAAUACCCAGGGACUCGCACAGCGCCAAGCAAGCGAAGGACUGGCCCAGUUCGACGGCUUGAGAACGGCAUGCUUGAUGUGACUCGCAAGUCAGGUAAACACGUAAGGACCAUCAGAACCAACUCGCAAUCCCGACUGCUCCGCCUGCCGCCAGAGCUUAGGAACCAGAUUUGGGAGUACGCACUCGGUGGCCAUGCCUUCGAUAUCACCACUCGCAAGGUAUUCAAGCAGAGGAAGAGAAUCGACAAGGCAAAAGCCUGGGACCUGCCCAUCAACACUUUCGCCUUGCUUCGAGUCUGUCGCCAGAUCUACGCCGAGACAGCGCUCAUCCCAUACAAGCACAACGCUUUCUGCUUCGCUUCCGAAGACGCCUUCGAUUGGGCAGUAAGCCUUCGACCCGUCCAGCAGAACAUCAUUGCCGAAAUACACGUCGCCACCAUCGGUGCAAAUCGCAUGCUUGCCGCAGAUCAAGUAUCUCAGCGACGUUCUCUGCUGCCGGAUGCCUUACACUUUGACCGCUUCCCAGGGCUUAAGCUCAUCUCGUUCGAUGUUCUUGAAACUUUCCAGUACGACGAAAAGAGACCGGCAGCUCAGCAGACUCUGGCACUGCUGGCCGAAUUGCUCAUCGCCGCUCAAGAGCUCCGAAUCGCCCUGCACUUGCGUAAGGUGAAGCCUGAUGUGCGUAUGGCGUUCGUGCGCGUCAAGGUAGUACCAAAGACCCCACCAUCAACAACCUAA